AUGCCCGACACGAUUGGGGACUUGAUCGCGAAUAUGGUCAAUGGGAGGGCCCGUUUCGCAUUGACAUCUGUUGUAGUAAUUUUUACCGGAGUUAAACCAAAUGAUUCAAUCCCCAGGUCGUGUCUCUCGAGGAAGUUGGCACGGCGUGGCACAGGCGGCGCGGCGCUGCAGGGUCUUCGCGGCGCGGUGGUGUGCAAGGCGGAGUCUUCAGUCCGGGUCGUGGCAUGGGCGCGGCGUGGAGAAGGGCUGUGGCGCGGCGCGGCAGGUUGGCACGGCGAGGUCGCGGCGGGCGACGCGGCGCGGCACGGGCACGGGCGUGGGCAGCUGGUUUCCGUGCACGUCUUCACUUUUCGGACUCGUUUAUACUCUGAGCAAGUUGACGGACCAUUGUACGACGGUCCGCCAAUUUUCGAUGAGGAGCCUCCGGGGCAAGAAGAAUUCCUCAUGGAGCCUCUGACUGAUGUGGACAUUACGAACAUGGAGAAACGGAGUAUCCCGAGCAUGUGCGACGCCAUGCGAGUCAUCUUGACAACCUGUGAUAAUCGUGUCGUGGCCUCACAGCAGGUAUUUGGCUAUGUUCGACAAUUUGCAAAGUUAGGAAUUGCAGCGGUUCUUGUGGUUUCUUCCCAGAGAUUGUUUGUUUCGGGCCUCGUUAGUCCCGCCGAGAUUGAUGUCGAGUUUCACGAUGUUGUUGUCCUUAAAUACGUGAAGAAGGUUCUGGAAACAUUGGUAGUUUAUCUAUUGCGCAGGCGCGAGCUUUUCUCCCACAGAGCAUUUGUUCCGGCCUUGCAAACAAAUGCGACAUUCAACAUUCGUGUUCGACAGGGGGAAACGCCGGGUGAUUGCUGCCAUGGAAGGCAGAUCCGAUCCCGGACGCUCCUCAUCGUAGUCCACAGAGCACCGAAGGCUACCUCUGCCGCCGGCAUGGAGGAGGCCUUGGAGCUGGCGCGUGCCAAGGACACCAAGGAAAGGAUGGCCGGGGUCGAGCGUCUCUACCAACUCCUUGAAGCCUCCAGAAAGGUUCUGUCGCCGUCGGAGGUGACGUCACUGGUUGACGUCUGCUUAGAUCUCUUGAACGACGGCAACUUCCGGGUGUCGCAGGGCGCGCUUCAAGCGCUCGCCUCCGCCGUCGUGCUCUCCGGCGAUCACUUCAAGCUGCACUUCAAUGCUUUGGUGCCGGCGGUGGUCGAGAGGUUGGGGGAUGCAAAACAGCCGGUUAGGGAUGCCGCGAGGAGGCUCUUGCUCACGCUCAUGGAAAUACAUCUUCUGUGCAGAAUUUGUUUCAUACCUUUAGCUGAAGUUUGUUGUACUUUCUGCUUAUUUGCAAUUCCUGAAGCUGUACUUUCAUAUUGCCCUUUAUCUAUUUCUUCACCGACAAUCAUUGUUGAAAGAGCUGGGUCUUAUGCUUGGACUCACAAGAGCUGGAGAGUUCGAGAAGAGUUUGCUCGUACGGUGACAUCGGCUAGUAGUCUCUUUGCAUCUACUGAAUUACCUCUUCAACGUGCCAUUCUUCCACCUAUUCUGCAGAUGCUGAAUGAUCCAAAUUCUGGUGUGAGGGAUGCAGCCAUUUCAUGUAUUGAGGAGAUGUAUACUCAGGCAGGACCUCAGUUCCGUGAAGAACUGAACCGGCAUCAACUACCUACAUCAAUGCUAAAAGAUAUUAAUACCAGAUUGGAGAAAAUUGAACCAAAGGUUCGCUCUACAGAUGCAAUUACAAGCAAUUACACGUCUAGCGAGAUUAAGCCUACAAACCUUAAUACCAAAAAAAGCAGCCCAAAAGCCAGAAGCUCAACACGUGAGGUGUCACUUUUUGGAGCGGAUGGUGAUAUCACAGAGAGACCUGUUGAACCAAUUAAAGUUUAUUCAGAAAAGGAACUUAUCAGGGAGUUUGAGAAGAUUGCUUCCACCCUCGUACCUGAUCAAGAUUGGUCUAUCCGUAUUGCUGCUAUGCAAAGAGUUGAAGGGCUUGUUAUUGGAGGUGCUACUGAUUACUCUUGUUUUCAUGGGCUUCUUAAGCAACUGGUUACUCCUUUGACCACACAACUAUCUGAUAGACGAUCCAGCAUUGUGAAGCAGGCAUGUCAUCUAUUAAGCUUCUUAUCUAAAGAUCUCUUGGGGGACUUUGAAGCAUGUGCUGAGAUGUUUAUUCCAGCUCUUUUCAAGCUUGUUGUGAUAACAGUUCUUGUAAUUGCUGAAUCGGCUGAUAACUGCAUAAAAACGAUGUUGCGUAAUUGCAAAGUUUCUCGGUCACUUCCUCGGAUAGUUGAUUCUGCAAAGAAUGACCGUAAUGCUGUACUCAGAGCGAGGUGUUGUGAGUAUGCACUUUUGAUCCUUGAACACUGGGCUGAUGCUCCCGAAAUACAUCGCUCGGCUGACCUGUACGCAGACCUCAUUAGGUGUUGUGUUGCAGAUGCAAUGAGUGAGGUACGAUCUACUGCAAGGACUUGUUAUAGAAUGUUUGCAAAAACAUGGCCUGAGCGCUCUCGACGCUUGUUUUUGUCCUUUGAUCCUGUUGUCCAAAGGGUAAUAAAUGAUGAAGAUGGAGGAAUGCACAGAAGACAUGCUUCUCCUUCCUUUCGUGACAGGAGUUCGAACAUGUCAUUUACCUCUCAGACAUCUGCACCUUCAAACAUUCCUGGAUAUGGAACUUCUGCUAUAGUUGCAAUGGAUAGAAGUUCAAGCAUACAUUCAGCAUCUUCUCUGUCGUCCGGUCUACUACUCUCACAAACCAAAGCUUCUGGUAAAGGUACAGAUCGUAGUCUGGAAAGUGUGCUGCACUCCAGCAAACAGAAGGUCAGUGCUAUAGAAAGUAUGCUGAGGGGUUUGGAUAUGUCCGGGAAAAGCCGAUCAUCCAGUUUGGACCUAGCUAUUAAUAUUCUUGGCCCUAGUGCAGGAGUUGACCCACCAUCAUCUCGUGACCCACCAUUUCCCCUUGCUGUUCCAGCUUCUAGCAGUCUUGUAAAUUCUAUAGUAGAUUCAAUGCCUGGUCUUUCUAAAAGCAAUAUUCGCAACGGAGGUUUGGCGAUGCCUGAUGUUAAAACUCAAUUCCAGGCUUCUAAACUCUCGGGUAAAUCAGCGUAUCAAAGCAGUGUGGGAAGUGAGCCUCUGCCUGUAUAUUCUUACGCGGCUAAGAGAGGUUCCGAGAAGGUACCUGAAAGAGGAUUAGUCGAUGAAAAUUCUGAUUUUAGGGAUAUAAGGCGAAGUAUGACGUCCAGUGUUGAUAAGCAAUAUUUAGAUACACAAUAUAGGGAUUCGCAGAACCAAAUACCGAAUUUUCAGCGCCCUCUUCUACGAAAGAAUGCAGCUGGACGGAUGUCUGCAGGACGAAGAAGGAGCUUUGAUGAGAGUCAGUUCUCUUUGGGUGACUUAUCGAGUUUUUCGGAUGGCCCAGCUUCUCUUAAUGAUGCUUUGAGUGAGGGUCUUAAUUCUAGCUCCAACUGGAGUGCUCGGGUAGCUGCAUUUAAUUUUGUUCAUUCUCUGCUACAGCAAGGCCCGAGAGGCGUUCAAGAAAUCGUGCAAAGUUUUGAGAAGGUCAUGAAGCUAUUUUUCCAGCAUUUGGAUGAUCCCCACCAUAAAGUUGCACAGGCUGCCCUUUCAACUCUUGCAGACCUUAUCCCUGCCUGUCGAAAGCCAUUUGAGAGUUACAUGGAAAGGAUUCUACCCCAUGUUUUCUCGCGGUUGAUUGAUCCAAAGGAAGUAGUGAGGCAACCCUGCUCAACUACUUUGGGCAUUGUUGGGAAAACAUACGGUACAGAUUCACUUCUACCAGCUUUGCUUCGCUCGUUGGACGAACAGCGCUCCCCUAAAGCCAAAUUGGCAGUUAUUGAGUUUGCUAUAGGCUCAUUUAACAAGCACGCACCAAAUUCUGAGGGUUCUGCUAAUCCUGGCAUUCUUAACCUGUGGCUUGCAAAAUUGGUACCAUUGGUCCAUGAUAAAAAUACUAAACUGAAAGAAGCAGCCAUUACAUGCAUAAUAUCGGUUUAUACUCAUUACGACUCGGCAGCAGUAUUGAAUUAUAUCCUUAGCUUAUCUGUUGAAGAACAGAAUUCUUUAAGACGGGCAUUGAAGCAGUACACCCCCCGCAUAGAAGUUGACUUAAUGACCUUUCUGCAAAGCAAGAAAGAUAGACGUGGCAAGUCCUCAUAUGAUCCAUCUGAUGUGGUUGGGACUUCCUCCGAAGAAGGUUAUAUUGGAGCAGUGAAGAAAAGCCAUUUGUUUGGAAAAUAUCAUUCGGCUUCUGUUGAUAGUGAUGGUGGUAGGAAGUGGGGUUCUCUUCAAGAUGCAUCUCAUAUUACAGGUUCUAUCAGUAACUUAACAUCUGAUGAUGCGGCCCAUAAUGAGAAUCUGAAUCAUCAGGUUCUGGAGAUCAAUUCUAACCCUGAUGUUCCUACCUCAAAUUAUAAAACCUUGAAUUAUGACUCCAAUACCACAGCUGAUAUUAUCAGGGCUCGGUCAAUGGAUAGCCAUGCAAAUGUUGAGAGUUCUUCAACACCACAUUUUGACAUCAAUGGUCUGAUUGGAUCUGAUCAUUUACAAAAGUCUUCUGACUUUGAGGUUGAUAACUUGUCCUCUGAAGUGACACUAAAUAAACAUAAACUCCCAGAUAUAAAAGUAAAUGCUACUGCUGAAUCAGGUCCCAGUAUUCCCAAGAUUCUUCAUUUGAUUUCUAAUGAUGAGAGUCCUUCAGCAAACAAGCGUGAUGCACUUCAGCAGUUGAUCGAAGUUUCCGUAUCCAACGAUCAGUCUAUUUGGAGCAAGUACUUUAACCAGAUAUUAACGACUAUACUUGAAGUGCUGGAUGAUUCUGACUCAUCAAUACGCGAGCUGGCCCUUGCAAUUAUUGUUGAAAUGGUCAAGAACCAGAAAGUUGCUAUGGAGGAUUCUGUUGAAAUUGUGAUUGACAAGCUGCUUCAUGCAAUAAAGGAUGUGGUUCCUAAAGUUUCCAGUGAAUCAGAGAAUUGCUUGACUAUAGUCUUGGCUCAGUACGACCCGUUAAGAUGUUUAGACGUUAUUGUUCCUUUACUUGUUGACGAAGAUGAAAGAACUCUUGUCACAUGCAUUAAUUGUUUAACGAAGCUUGUUGGCCGGCUCUCCCAAGAGGAGCUGACAGCUCAAUUGCCCUCAUUUUUGCCGCAUCUUUUUGAUGCAUUUGGUAACCAGAGUGCAGAUGUUCGCAAGACCGUUGUUUUCUGUCUGGUAGACAUAUAUAUCAUUCUUGGGAAAGCAUUUUUACCAUAUUUGGAGGGACUCAACAGCACGCAACUGCGGCUGGUGACGAUUUAUGCGAACCGGAUAUCUCAGGCCAGGACUGGCACCCCAAUUAAUGCUACCCAAUGAUCGACUCUUUCGCUAUAAUUGAUUGGUUUUAUUUGUUGUAUUGGUUUGAAUAUUUAUGUUUGUGGGGUUUGUAUAUUUUGUUUUAGUAAGAAAGGUUUGGCCUAUGUAUUGCAAUUCUUUGUGUAAUGGUAUUCUAUAAUAUUUUUAUUUAAUUUUUUGACUCGUUUGUUGGGGAAAAAACCCGUAGAUGGUGAUUGUGGUCGAGUGUGUAAACAAAUGUGAUGAUUGUAUUUUAUCUUGUUCUUGUGAUCAAGUAAUAUUUUAUUUUCCACAAACUAAGUGUUGUAAACAAAUGUGAUGUUUGUAUUCUAUCUUGUUCUUG